AUGAAAAAGCUUGAUUCCGCACGGUUGAGAUGGAGUGCCACUGGCUCUUUGAUAUUUCAAGCUCUAAUUCGGAAGGAAGGCGACUCCUUGGCGCCUCCAGCCUUGCCCUAUGGCUGCGGUGGGGGUGAUAGAUCAUCGAUCGACCUACCGACCGACCGACCCCUUUCAAAUCUAGAUCUUCAGGCUGCAUUGUUGGAUUCUGAAGGAGAGGCCAUACGCGUUGUUUUAUGGGGAUGGAAUCAAAGAUCUCAGCUCGGAAAGGUAGGAUCCGGGAAAAUCCCAUCGGAGGUCGAGGGUCUAGACGAGGAAGAUCCCGUUUCAGUGUCCGGGGGACGAGUACAUUCCAUUGCUAUCACAUUUAAAGACGAGGUGUGGGUUUGGGGCUGCGGUAAGAAUGGGAGACUUGGUCUAGGAAGUUUUGUUGAUGAAACUGAGCCUAUCUUGCUUGAUAGCUUAGAAGGUUAUGAUGUUUUACAAGCUGUAUGUAGCUUUGAUCAUCAUCUAGUGAAAUAG